CCCGGCACCGGCACCGGCAGCGGCCCCCGCCCAGCGCCACCGCGGCUCCGGGAUGGGGCCGGCGGCGGCCGCGCUGCUGCGGCUGCUCCUGCUCGGGGCGGCGGCGGCGGCGGCGGCACCGGGAGCAGGCCCCGGGGAGUGCGGCCGGAGGCAGUUCCGGUGCGGGGACGGUUCCUGCAUCGCCCGCUCCUGGGUGUGCGACGGCAGCGCCGAGUGCCGGGACGGCUCCGACGAGACCGCCGAGAGCUGCAGCUCCGUGUCCUGCUCCCCAUCCGAGUUCAGCUGCGGGGGACUCCGGGGUCGCUGCGUUCCCCUGCUCUGGCGCUGCGAUGGGCACCACGACUGUGAGGACGGCUCCGACGAGCUGCAGUGCUCGCCCCGCUCCUGCGGCCCGGAUCAGCUCCGCUGCGGGAGCGGCUCCUGCGUCUCCCGCGCCUUCGCCUGCGACGGGGACCGCGACUGCGAGGACGGCGCGGACGAGGCCGGGUGCCCCCCAGCGCCCCCCUGCGGCGCCGACGCCUUCCGCUGCCUCGACGGCUCCUGCGUGCCCCGGCUCUGGGCCUGCGACGGGGACCGCGACUGCCCCGACGGCUCGGACGAGGCGGCCCCGAGCUGCGGCCCCCCCCGCGCCCCCCGCGCCUGCUCCCCCCUGCAGCUGCGCUGUGGCUCCGGGCGCUGCGUGCCCCGGCGCUGGCGCUGCGACGGCACCGAGGACUGCGCCGACGGCGCCGACGAGCGCGGAUGCGCCGCCGUCUCGUGCCGCCCGGACCAGUUCAGCUGCGGGGACGGGCGCUGCGUCCCGAGGCUGCGGCGCUGCGACGGCGAAACGGACUGCGCCAACGGCAGCGACGAGGCCGAGUGCAGGAACAUGACCGCCUGUGCUGGGUUCCGGUGCCGCUCCGGUGAGUGCAUCCCCAUGGAGCGCGUCUGCGAUCACCGCCGCGACUGCCGGGAUUGGUCGGAUGAGCCCCUCAAGGAGUGCGGGGUCAAUGAGUGCCUGGACGGCGGCGGCUGCUCCCACGUGUGCCGGGACCUGCCCCUGGGCUACGAGUGCCUGUGCCCCGACGGCUUCCGGUUGGGGCCCGAUGGACGGAGCUGCCUCGACAUUGACGAGUGCCAGGACCCGACCGCCUGCAGCCAGCAGUGCCACAACCUCCCGGGCUCCUACAAGUGCGACUGCGGGGGUGGCUACAGGCUGGACCCCGGCACCAACGCCUGCCGCGCGCUCGGGCCGCCCCCCGCGCUGCUGUUCUCGCUGCGCCACGAGCUGCGGGAGGUGGCGCUGGACGGCGCCGGGUACCGGCGGCUGCUGGGGCCGCUCAAGCACCUCGGGGCCCUGGACGUGCACGUGGGAAACGGCUCCGUGUUCUGGGCCGACCUCAGCCGGGGGCGCAUCUACCGGUCUCCACUGGCCGGCACAGCCAAUCCCCCCCAGCAGGUCCCGGUGGUGGAGCUGGGCUCGGGGACCCCGGACGCCAUUGCUGUGGAUUGGCUCCAUCACCUCCUUUACUGGACCGACUCCGGCCUCGGCUCCGUGUCCGUGGCGGAUGCCAGCGGCGCCUGGAGCCGGACGCUGCUGCAGGAGGAGGGAGCCAAACCCUGCGGCAUCGCCGUGGACCCGCUGCAGGGGUUCCUGUACUGGACCGACUGGGGAGCCAGCGCCAAGAUCGCUCGGAGCCGCCUCGAUGGCUCUGAUGCGGCACCACUGGUGACCGAGGAUGUGGAGUGGCCAAACGGGAUCACCCUGGAUCUGCCCUCCCGGCGCCUGUUCUGGGUGGACGCACGGCUCCACGCCCUCUCCAGCGUGGACGUGGACGGGGGCCGGCGCCGGACACUGCUCAUGGACCCCGCAGUGCUGGUGCAGCCGUUCGCCAUCGCCGUGUUCGAGGAGUGGAUUUACUGGAGCGAUUCCCAGCUCGGGGCCGUGUUCGCGCUCGGGCUCCGCUCGGAGCCGGGGCCACAGCGGCUGCUUCAGGAGCGGUUCCCGGUGCAGGGAUUGGUGCUGGUGCAUCCCCUGCGGCAGCCCACAGCCCCCUUGGCCCCUCUGGACGUGGCCCUCCCACAGCCCCCCCCCAGCGGCCAUGAGGGGGUCCUGGAGCCCACAACCAGCACUGUCACCCCUGGAACCCCCAACAGCACCGGCACAUCUGGCAACGCCACCGCAGGCAGCCGUGGCGGUGCCGUGGGUCCCGUGGGCAGCAGAACAGCCUUGACGGCGCUCGCGGUGAUGCUGCCACUGGCGGUGCUGGUGCUGGUGGGUGCCGCUGCCCGCGGGCUCUGGCGCUGGUGGCGGCGCCGCAGCACCCAGAGCAUCAGCUUCAGCAACCCCGUGUUCCGCAAGGCCGGGCACCAGGAGGAGGAGGAGGAGCCGCUGGGGGUGCCCCGGGCCCCCCUGGUGCUGGAUGAUGACGUGGCCUGAGCUCGGCACCGCGCGGUCAUGCGUGUUCCCCAGCGCCAGGGCACGGCCACGCAUGUGCGGGGCUGGACCUGCUCGUAU